AUGCUUCCAAGACUUGCAAUCCAUCGUUGGGAAAAUUGGAUAUUGUUUGUUUUCUUUCCUGAUUUGCAACACCCGAUUGUCAUGCUGAUCUAUCUGCAAAUAAUUGACGUCAUUUUCAUAGCCUCUAAUAGUGCAUCCCAAGAAGCCCAAUUACUUAUUGAACUUCAUCUUGAAACUUACUCUUUUGCUGCCAAGUCAAGAAAGCAUGAGGCCCCAGUAUCUAUCAUAAAAUAUCAAAGGCUAUUAACUGAAAAUGAACAGUACAAUAGUUUUAAGUUUUCAUUCGCAUUUGUUGCGCAAGUAACAAAUGUGACAAUAUACGAAGAGUAUAGGCGUCCAUUCAUACAAUUUAAUUACUUGAAGACAUAUCUGAGAAAAAAUGUCAUUAUAAACAUAGCGCUUGUUACUUUUGCGGUUGUUGCUGGCUGUCGUACACUUGUGAAUCUAGUCACAACAGCCAUACAUUAUGAAAAUAAUGUGAACGAUUGA